AUGGCAGGAUUACUAGAUCCCCUGUGUGCCGACCGAGGACGUCCCUCGUCCGCGGCACCUACCCACGCGUCUCGCAUCACUUCGCCAACGCAGCACAAGCGCCGGCGACGGGUUCACUGCAAGUCCCGUCUCGGCUGUCUCAGCUGCAAGCAGAGAAAGAUCAAGUGCAACGAGCUGCGCCCGAGCUGUUCGCAUUGUCACCGCUCGGGGCUGCAGUGCAUCUACGUCCACUCACCAGACCUGUCGCAGCCCUUCAAGGCGCUCCUGACCGGCUUCACAAUGGAGGACUUUAGGUUCUACCACCACGUCCUCACCACAGCACUCCCGAGUCUUCCAUUCGGAGGGCAUCGUGUCUGGUGGCAAGUCGCCGCCACGGCGCACCAUCACGCGCAUCUAGGACACGCUCUGCUGGCUCUCGGUGCGUCGCACCUCUCGCAGCACGGCGCGGGCGACUACACGGUUCAGGCUCUCGGCCACAGGCUCGACGCUAUAAGACUGCUGGCGGGCGCGCUGGACGCGGAGCCAAAGACGGCAGUCGACGCGGACGCCUUGUUCGCCGCAACGUACUGCCUCAUGUCGCAGUCGUGUCUGAUGCCCAGGGACGGCAUGGCCGAGUACAUGACCUUUAUGAGGGGGGCCAGCCUCGUCAUGACGACUAUACUGCCCGAAUUCCCGGAUUCCAUCUUUGCCGAGUUUGCAAGACACGCCAUUGUCGCCUCGCUGGCUUUGGCGGCUCCGGAAGAGCCUGAAGAUGAUGAGACUGCAAGGAGCCGCGAGGAAUCUAUGAAAAGGUUGAAACGUUUUUGGCAGAACAGCGCAGAAUGGGAGCACUAG